UGGCCUUGGCCAAUCUUCACUUCGUCAACGGUGACAGUUCAGAAAUCCUCGUUCAUUGCGGCCGCUACGCGUCUCACGUCUCCCGCCGAACUCCCGGUGCUAUUAGAGUAUCUAAGGCUCAUUACUCCUCGAAUCAAAAAAGCUACACAUCCCGCUAUAUACGCAUACCGAACACGACUGAAUCACUCGUCAUCACCGUCCACAGGAAACUUGCAAUUUGCAGUCGGGCAUAGUGACGAUGGCGAGCACGGCGCUGGCUUACGGCUUGAACGUUUAUUACAACUGAGUAAUGCACAGGACUGUGCCAUAGUUGUCACCCGAUGGCACGGCGGCGUGCCUCUCGGAAGUGCCCGGUGGAAAUGCAUAUCGAAAACUGCUAAAGAAGCACUGGCUCUUCAUAAGAAAUGA